AUGAACAGAGUAAAUAUAAAAAAAUUUGAAGACCCCAAUUUGUGGUUAUACCAAAAUGUUUUAAAGAAAGGAGAGGAACUGAAAAAGGGGAAUGUAUUUAAUAACGAAAUAAACAAAAAUGCAAAGGAAAAAUUAAAAUUAAUUUUAAAAGAAUGUAGAGAAAAAUAUGAUAUAGAGUUAAAAGAAUUGAAUAGUAGCAGGAAAGAGGUAACGUUAUUAAAUAAUGCCCACACAAAUAAGAAGAUAGAUAUAAGCGCAUUAACUUUUAACCCCUUCAAGGAAAAAAAUAAAACAUUGAACUUGAAGCACAUUUUAAGUGAAACAAGCAAAAGGUGUGAAUACAUUAGCAGGAUUAGAAGCGGCAACGGUGGUAACUAUGGUAAUGUUAACAGUAGCGGUAAUAGUAUUAGCUAUAAUAGCAGUCAUAGUAGCAGUUGUAGUAGCAAGAGGAAUGAGAACUGGAGUUGCAACACGCGUGGAAGCACUUAUAAUAGCAAUAUUAAUGACCAUCAAAAUGCCGAAAAGGCUAUUAUGGAAAAAAACAAAUUACAUGCAGAAAUUAAAAAAAAUGACUUUUUUAAACAAAUGAAAGAGAUUAAAGAAGAAAGUAUUUCGAAGAUAACGUCUUUUUUUAACAAUUACAUGAAUUACUAUGACACUCAUUUGAAGGAGAAAUAUAUGAACCAUUAUUUAAAUAAUUAUGAAGAAAGGAAUAAGCUAAAGGAUGAUGAUUAUCAGAUGAAUGAACCACAAGUGGAAAUGAAUUAUGGCAAAAGUUACGUAAUGGAAAAUGGUAAUACGACAGGACAAAUUAACAUAAAAAGUAGUAAUAACAUAAGUGAUAAUUUUAGUACCCCAAAAGAAGUAAUAUCUAGGGAGGGAUAUACAUAUCAAUUGGAUGCAUACCCAGUACACCUUAACGAAAAAGAUGGUAAACAAAAUUUACCAAAUCAUAUAGGUGAUAGGUACAGAAAUGUAAUAAAUGAAGAUAGACUUAAUAUAAAAAACAAUGUUCAGUUAGAGUUCAACAAAACUACAGAAGGAGGACCUAACAAUGACAAUAUAACAUAUAAUAAGAAAAUAGAAUCGUAUGAAAAACAAAAAAAAAAAGAAAAAAAAAAGCAAGAAUAUUUAAAUAUUAAUAAUGUUGAAGAUUUAUCGAAAGGAACCAACUAUCAUAAGAACAUUACCUUUUUAGAGGAAUCAAAUAAUGGUGCUAACAAUAGUGGUGUCAGUGACAAUAGUAAAAUAUACGGGGACAUUAUUCAUGGAAGACAGGACUCUGCAAAUAGCACAAACUGUUUAUCGUAUCCAUCGCAAAAUGAAUCUAACGAAUAUCUUAAUGCUAGCGGCAAGCUGAAAGAAACAACAGUUAUGAAAAAGAGGCAUAUAGGAGAAUAUAACAAUACGAGCAACAACAUACGGUACGAUAAUGAUUAUAACGAUAAUAAUAAUAAUAAUAGUAAUAAUAAUAAUAAUAAUAAUAAUAAUAAUAAUAAUAAUAAUAAUAAUAAUAAUAAUAAUAAUAAUAAUAAUAAUAAUAGUAAUAAUAAUAAUAAUAGUAAUAAUAAUAAUAGUAAUAAUAAUAAUAAUAGUAAUAAUAAUUAUUAUAACAAUAAUAGUAGUAACAGUAAUAACUGUAGUGAUAAUAAUUGGGAAGAAGAAAGAUAUAAGCAUCAACUGAUGAGUAAUAAGACAAAACAACAUCUCAACCAUUUCAGCAUUUUUGAAAAAAUCAAUAACACAUCAUUAUAUUCUAAUAUUGAACCUAUUUGCCCAACAAUGGGGGAUGAAAACCUUUCCAUCUCUUCUAUAUUGCUAAACUUAAGGGAAAAGAAAAAAGGUACAGAAAUGAAUAAAAACAGUUCAGUAGCGUCUUACUCGAAUAAGAUCACAAGUGCAGAUGCUACGAUUAGCAAAAAAAGGGAAGAAAAAUUUUUGGCUUGUUCUAAUUUCAAUGAGAAUGUAUUACUGUAUGAGAGCAGGAAAAAAGGGGAAGAAGAAUUGCACACUUUAGGGGAAAAGUCAUAUGAAGUAAAAAUUGCAUAUGAUAAACAUAUAUUACCAAAUUUGCAAAAGGAUUCUAAUAAAAAAGGAAAAGGAUAUAUAAAACAGUACGAAUACCUGGAUAGCAAUAAUAUAACUGUGAACACGUUAGGACAUCAUUUAAAUAUAGAAGAAGAAAAGAUAAUAAAUGUGUGUAAAUAUAUAUUAGAUAAUGACUAUAUUAAUAAAUACACAAGAUUAGAAAAAGAAGUUGCUGAAUUAGUAUGUGAAGAAUUGAAUGUAUUAGAUAAGUUAAGAUAUAGUUGUAUUAGUUUGAGAAAAAGGAAUCCUAUUGUUACAAUUUUAGGACAUGUAGAUCAUGGGAAAACUACUCUACUGGAUCAGUUUAGAAAUUCGAAUAUAGCCAAAAAUGAAAUAGGUGGUAUAACUCAAAAGUUAGGUGCAUUUGAAGUGUUAGAUAGAAAGACCAAUAAAAAAAUUACAUUUCUAGAUACCCCUGGUCAUGCUGUUUUUAAAAAAAUUAGACAAAGAUGUGUACAAUGUACGGAUUUAAUAAUAUUAGUAAUUUCAAUCGAUGAUGGAAUAAUGAGUGAAACUGUUGAAUGUAUACAACUAGCCAAAAAAUAUAAUAUCCCUUUAAUAAUAGCUGUAAAUAAAAUUGAUAAAUAUAAUAGUAAUGUAGAAAAAAUUUCCAAGUCUUUGUUAAAUUACGAAAUCAUAACAGAAUUGGAAAAUGGGUCUGUACCUAUUAUACCUAUAUCUGCAAAAAAAAAUAUAAACAUUGAUUUAUUGCAAAAAAGUAUAUUAGAUGUUAGUGAUAAGUUAAAUUUAGUGUGCGAUUAUGGGACUUUAUCUUCUGCGUAUGUACUAGAAAAAAAGGUAGAUGCAGCUAAAGGAAAACUACUAACUGUUAUUGGUAAAUCGGGAAUAUUAAAAGUUAACUCGUAUAUAUUAAUUGGACAUGUAUAUACAAAAAUUAAGAGAAUUUUUAAUAGUGAUGAUAAAAUUGUGAAAGAAGCGUAUCCUUCUGAAGUUGUUCAGAUUGUAUGCUCUAUAUCCUUUUCAGAUGAUAGUAUAAAAUAUGGUGAUAUGAUUCUAGAAAUGACUAAUUUAAAAAGUGCUCAAAAAAUUGCAAAGUAUAAACUGAAAAUUCUUCAGUACAAGUUAAUGAAUAAUUACUACUUGGAAGGAGAUGAUCAGGAGGAAAAGUUUCUUCUUAGAGAAUCAGAAAAACUGUAUGAUAGAGAUGAGGAUGGCACCCGGGAAAGAGCACCCGGUACCAUUAGUAGUAAUGUUUCUACAAAUUUGGUAUUUAAAAGAAUUAACUAUACUUUGAAGGAAGAUAAAAGGGGGGAGGAAAAAGCAGAAGCAAAAGUAAAAGCAAAUGACAGCGUAAGUGUGAAGGACAGGAUGGUGAAGAGAAGAGAAGGGCGAAUCGCAAGUCAUCUCGAACUGCCACAAGUCCCCCUAAUAAUUAAAACGUGUGAUGAAGGUAGCAUACAUGCAAUAAUAGAAGGUAUUGAUGAAUUUACCAAAAGCGAAAAGAAAAAAAAGUAUUGUGAUAUAAACAAUUUUAUUGAUAGGAAUUAUGUGGAUAAAAACUUUUUAAAAAAGGAAAAGUUAGAAAAUAAUGAUGAAAUAUUUGAAAAAUGGAAACCCUUCAAAAUUAUAACAAAAGGAGUUGGGACAUUUAAUAUGAGCGAGUUAAAAUAUUGUGAAUAUGUUAAACCAUGUUUUCUAUUUGCAUUUAAUGUUGAUAUAGAUAAUAAAGUACAAACGUUUAUAGAAAGUAAUAAUAAUGCAAUAUUAAGAAAUCAUAAUAUUAUUUAUGAGCUAUUUCAAGAUAUUGAAAAUGUGUGCAAUUUUUACUUUGAUUCUUUGCAUAUUUAUGAAUCAGUUUCUAGAAUGAUCGUAAAUAAAACUGGAAGCUAUUCUUUGAAAAAAAACAAAGCCCCAAAAAAAAAAGUGUUAUCUGUAGAUAUUAAGGAGGGAUCAUGUAAUACCAACAAUUAUUUUACUGUUUUGAGGAAUAAACAAAUUAUUCAUAAGAGACUUACCAUUUUGUCUAUGCAAAAAAAUAAACAAAGUGCUACUGAGUUGACGAAAACUUGUAACGUCAAUGCUAUUAUUUUCAACACAAAUUCUGAGGACUUUGAAAUAGGAGAUGAAAUAAUAGCCUAUAAGAAAGUCACACGUCCCCCACUGUUCAAUAAAAUCAAAUCAUUUGAUUUGUAUUGUUAA